AUGCAAUCAAAAAGUUUUGCCAGUUCGAUCAUUAGUGCUUGUGUGUGUGUUUGUACGAGGAGUAUGUGCAGAGUAUGAUUUUGCUCCCCCACUUGCAGGAGUCUAUAAGAAAGGUCGUUGUUCCGCAGAAGAAGCUACUCACUAUUCUUAGUUAGUUGCUGUUAGUUCUGCUAGACCUAAAAACGUAUAUACUCGAAAAUGCUGCGCAUUCUGUGCGUUCUAUUUCUAAUAACGCAAAGUAUCAUUUGCGAAGAGGAUGUUCCGAAGGAGAAGAAAGCGAAGCAGAUCACUUACGGCGAUCCAUUCCGAGGAAUACAAUACAAUCCAUAUAUAAAUCCACAAUUUCAAUACAAUGGAUAUUAUCCAAAUUUGGCUCCGAACGAUCGAGGAUUUGCUGUGCAACCUCCGGUUGUGUUGCUAGGAGGUCACGAUCAACCCAUAUUUUUAAAUCCGAACUUGGGGCCAGGUAACUUCUUGAUACCUCAACCGCAGCCGCAUCCGCAGCCUGGAUUUGAUCCAAAUAUCUUUAGGACCAAUGGAUUCGCAGGUCAAAGACCAGUAUUCGUGUCUGGAUUCCCCAAACCGGCCUUCGUUCCACCAGUCGAAAAAGAUGCUGAGGAAAUUCCAAACAUUUUGAAAAACAAACCAAUCUACAGACCAACUACUAAGCCAGAAAAGUAUGAAUUGGAGGAAUCGGAAGAGAGUAAUCCCACCGAGAAGCCGACGAAAAAGGUGACGCUUAAGAGACCGAAGAAGCCAACCACUUCUAACCUUCGUCCAGGUCAACGGUUUUUCAUCCUAAACGGACAACAUCUAUUCGCCAAUUAUCCUUUCGUCGAUCAGUAUUCGCCAGAACAAAGAUACAGCUUGCCACCAUACUUUUAUUCCCAGCAAAAUAUUUUGCCCAAUCCAGAGAAGAUUCACGUAUUGAAACCAACGCCUGAAGAAUUGAAGCAAAACAAUUAUUUCGAAGAAUCUAAAGGCGGUCAAUUGCUAAGAGAUAUUCUGCCGUUACAGCUGCACAAUCAAGUGAUCAGCCAGCAACACUUAUUGCCCGUUGUUUUGAAGAAAGAAUCCUCGCCGGAAGAAUAUAAUUUGCACACAAGGUACUCGGAGAAGAUUGAGCAAGACGAACAGCCGUUGCCCAUAUACGAAGGAAAUGUUCAUCCUGGAAUCGCCUAUGAUUACUUCAGAUCUAAUGACGAUGAUUCCGAUUCCAUAGUAAUCGAUGCUAAAUACGAAGACGCAACAUUACCACCCGAUAAUGAAUCGGAAACUGUUGAGAGUCAAACUGAAAAACCAGCUGAAUCUAGUGUAGCCCAAGCACAGCCUGGGGCAAUCGCUUUGGCUGGAGUUGGUGGUGUUGCUUCUGCUGGUCCAAGAGGAACAGCUUUAGUAGGUGAAGGCGGUUUGGCUAUUUCGAGUCCGCAUGCCACUGCCGUCGCAGGACCAAGCAAGGACGAACCACCCAAGGACAAGAAGAAGGAAAAGGCAACAAAAAGGCAAUAA